AUGGAUAAGGCGAUUGCGGCGGUGCUGAAUCUCGACUAUCGCCUCAUCCCACUAUCGUUUCGUCCCGUCCCCUUUUGGGAUGAGGGUCUCAACGGUCGGUUUACCAAAGCGACCAAGGAGAACAUGGUAUCCAGCUUCUGGGCCAUCUCAUGUGAUGUCUCUCAGGGCACGGAGCACCGAACUCGGUUGAAGGUCUCCGUAGUGAGGAAAUAG